AUGCUUUUUUUUCAGCGUUUAAUGCAUCGACUGUGUUCUUUGUUUUCUUCUUCUCCUUUUUUCUUCUUCUUUUUCUUCUUCUUCUUCUUGUUCUUUUCUUCUUCUUUUUCCCUUUCUACUUUUUCGUCUUCUUCUUUUUCUUCUUCUUCUUUUACUUCUUCUUCUUUUUCUUCUUCUUUUUUUCUUCUUCUUGUCCUUGUUCUUCUUUUUCUUCUUUUUCGUCUUCUUCUUCCUUUUCUUCUUUUUUUUUUCUUGUUCUUGUUCAUAUUCUUCUUCUUUUUCCCUUUCUUCUUUUUUGUCUUCGUUUUGUUCUUCUUGUCCUUGGUCUUCUUUUUCCUUUUCUUCUUUUUUGUCUUCUUCUUCUUUUUUCUUCUUUUUCUUUUUCUUCUCGUUCUUGUUCUUUUUCUUCUUUUUCUUUUUCGUCUUCUUUUUCUUCUUUUUUUAUUUCGUUUUCUCCUUUUCUUUAAUCUUUUUCAUCAUCUUCUUUUUCCUUUUCUUCCCCCUUUCCGUCAUCUUCUUUUUCUUCUUCUUCUUCUUCUUCUUCUUCUUCUUCUUCUAUUUUGUCUUCUUCCAGUUUUUCUUCUUCUUUAUCUUUUUCUUGGUUAG